UCUGAUGAAUUCAUCUUGGAGUAUUUAUCCUCCACGUCUAGAAGUCAGCUCCGUGAAAAUCCUGUCCGACUUUAAAGCGGUCCGUGUUUCCAUGGUGACAGAAGGAACAGCUGGUUAGCAUCUUUCUAACUUGACUGAACUGAGGGUUGGGGCUUCCAGCACAGAACCAACCUGAGAGCAAAUGAACAUUCAAAUCCUCCACAAGCUAAACCCCAUCAGCGUUGGAUUGCUGCUGACAGACAGACUUCAUUGAUGGUGUUGUGAAGGCUCAGCCCAUUGUUGAUGACAUCACAGGAAAUUAUGCCGAGUUCCUUUUCUUCUUCGGUGGUUUUCUGGAUUUGUUGAGCUAGUUCCUGUUUCCAUGUGCUCUGGGCCAGCAGCAGAGAGAGAGACUUAAGUUGGAAAACAAAAACCUUGUCUAACACCACAGUUCAUUCCAGUUGCUGUAUUUCAAUAUUAAGUAACUGAGAAAACACUAAAUUGGAAUAUUCAGCAAAGGAAUAAAUGCAGAACGUCUGACAAGUGGAGUCACCUCUCCUUUUUCCUCCUCCCUGUGUCCUGACCGACACCCCAUCUUGUUUACGGUUAAACUCCUAACCCGAAUCAGCAAUACAGUCCUCCAUCCUCACAGUCUUCCCCAACAUUCUGGUCCUUCGAGCCGGAAUAACAGUACUCAAGAUGGAUCCAGCAGAAGAAAUGCACCCUGAUGUAAGGCCCAAGAGACAUAUUAGACGUCCCCUCAGACUUCAAGAUUAUGAAGUAGAUUAUGUGGGAUAUCAGCCAAGAGAUCUACCACAGUGGAGCUCACCACCGCCACUGAGGACUCUCGCCCCCCUGCAAGAGGACCCAGCCCAGAUGAGUUUCUUCCAACCACCUCAAGCUCCCUCAGGAAGCUUCAUGGAGAAUGCUGCUCACUCCGAGACGCCUCAGCUAGCCCCAAGCUGCUUCCAGAGGAGAAAUAUGGGAUGGGAAACGCUGUCUGCACCCACACGCUGGUACCAGGCUGGACCACACCACGGCCCCCACUUCUCUGCAGAGAUCAGAGCUAUUCAAGAGGAGAAUGCCAAGCUGCUUCAGUCACAACAGUGGAUCCAGUCGGGCUUAAAAGACCUUCAUGAAGCUCGAAGCGAGAUCAAAGAGCUAAUCAAUGUCGCUCGGACACUGAAAUCAGAAAUUGCUCAGUCCCACAGUCCAGCUCAACAUCUCAGAGUUGAAGUUCCCCAGAUCUCCUUUCCUAAGCUAGAACCUUAGGAGGAGAGUGAUUGGCCUGAUCCUCCCCCCUGGCCUGAACCUGAAGAAGACCUGCAGCAGGAUAUGAAACAACUAAAGAUUGAAGGGGCAAGUAACCAAGCAUAUUACUCUUCUAGAGACUCUGAUAAUUCCCCCCAGUGGCCUCCUCCUCCUCCACCACAUAUACCACUGGCUGCAGCCUCUGUAAAUACAAAGCAGUCAUUCUUUAAGCCAACUCAGCCCCCAUCUCCAGUUACGAGGGCAGCACCACGCAUUCAGCCUGCUAAACCCCACAUGCCACCUGCAGUACCUGAACAGCUCUAUUGAGAUCCUCAACCUACCAUUCCUAAGUUCACAAAUCCAGACCCCAGUGAGUUUGCCAGGCUCCGCAUAGCCCUAGAGAACCUGCUUCCUGCUAACACCACCGAACUGUUCAGAUACCAAGUAUUAGUAGACCACCUUAAGCUGGAAGAAGCCAGGCUUAUAGCAGAUGCUUAUCUGAACUCUCCAACCCCCUACACCGACACACUGGCAGCUCUCCAUGAUAAGUUUGGCCAACCCCAUCAACUUGCCCUCAGAAAGAUAGCCAGUGUUCUCGAUGCACCGGAAGUGAAGCGUGGAGAUAUCGCUGCAUUUCAGAAGUUUGCCCUCCAAAUACAGUCUCUGGUGGGGCUGCUGCAAACCUUGGGCCCUGAAGGUGAAGUUGAACUGGACUGUGGAUCACACGUUGCACGUCUCCUCAGCAAGCUUCCACCUGAACAGCGUGCUGAUUUCCGCAGACACCAGUUUAAGCAGGCAGGAACCAGCCACACCUUAAUUGACCUGUCAGAGUGGUUACGCUAUGAGUCCUGGUGUCAAGGGUUUGACAACCAAACCACUCCAAAGACUUCCAGAGACAGGCCGAGCAUGAAGAACGAGACUCGUACAGCCAAAUAAAGUGUGAUGGUCCUCCAUGGCGCUGGUGAGUCAAAACCAAUCUUGUCAUCUAAAGCUGGUUACAUGAAAGAGAAGAUUAAGAGUAAAGUGUACUGCGCCUAUUGUGACAGCAAUGAACAUUAUCUCAGUCAGUGUGGUGAAGUUGCCAAACUCUCCAAAGAGCAGCUAAAAGACUGGAUUCAAGUCAAUAGGCGUUGCUGGCGUUGUGCACGAACCCACCUUGCUGCUCAGUGCACAUUAAAGAAACCUUGCAGCUUGUGCAAUGGAACGCAUCUCCUGCCCAUUCAUGAGAUUAAUGCAAAGACUGAAAGAGUUUCUCAUGAAGUAGCCAAGCAAGAAAGCUGCUUAACCAGCUCUGCCUCCAACACCCUCUACUUAGAUCGACCAGGAGCAGGAAGCCGAGUCAUGCUGAAGGUGGUUCCCAUCCUCAUCCAUUAUGGUGGACGGACUCUGAGCGCAUUCGCAAUUCUGGAUGAUGGGUCUGAAAGGUCCAUGCUGCUACCAUCAGCAGCCAAAGCUCUGGGCAUUAAGUGGACACCUGAAGAUCUUCCUCUCCGCACAGUCAGACAGGAUAUUCAGGUCCUGCAUGGAUAUGCUGUGACCUUUCACAUCUCCUCAGUGGCUCGGCCUCACACCAGCUACAAGAUUGAGGGUGCCUUUACAGCUAACCGUCUCAGCCUAGCCCAGCACACCUAUCCCAUUGAACGCCUGCAGAAGAAGUUCAGCCACCUACGUGGUCUUCCUAUUCCUGCUCUUAGAGAUGCAGAACCGUUCCUCCUUAUCGGUUCUGACCAGCCUCACCUCAUCACACCAAUUGAGCCAGUCAGACUCGGUCCCCCCGGCAGCCCAGCAGCAGUUCACACAAGACUAGGGUGGACCCUCCAAGGCCCAGUUCACCUGACGGGGCGGCCUACCAUUGCAGUGCAGUGCCUGUUUACCUCAUCCCCACCAAAGUUUGAAGAGCUUUACAAGCAUGUGGAGAGGCUCUGGCAAAUGCCGUGCCGUACCGACCUGAAAAGGAAGUUGUUCGUUCCAAACAGGACCAACAGGCUGUGGUCAUGCUCGAAACCAAGACAAUCCGCACAGAGGUGAACGGCAUCAACAGAUAUGCCACCCCAUUAC